AUGUGUAUCGACCACCCUCCUCCCGGAGAUCAAUGCUGGGCCUACGGAGGCUGGAACAAAAACUGCAAACGGCUGUGGGCAGCUGACACCAUUUCCUCCCAGAACAAAGCCCCUCGCCCCGUGUGGACGCUGGUAGAUACAUGGAGCCCUAAUGUGGCUGGACACGCCACCGACGGGCCAUUAAUCAGACACUGUGACAGCCACUUCUUCCCAAUCCAGCUUCGACUUCAGCCCUUAGACAAGCCCACUCAACUCCUCACCCACAGGAGGCCACAACCAGACUCGGCUGUGGUUUUUAGUCCACCAUGUCCUCUGACCACCACUGAUGAACCUCCUGCCCGCACUGCCAGUCCAGAACCAGAUUCAGCUGUGGUUUCUACUCUACCAUGUCCUCUGACCACCUCUGAUGAACUUCCUGCCUACACUGCCAGUCCAGAACCAGAUUCGGCUGUGGUUUUUAGUCCACCAUGUCCUCUGACCACCACCGAUGAACCCUCUGCCCACACUGCCAGUCCAGAACCAGACUCGGCUGUGGUUUCUACUCCACCAUGUCCUCUGACCACCUCUGAUGAACUUCCUGCCCACACUGCCAGUCCAGAACCAGACUCGGCGGUGGUUUCUAAUCCACCACGUCCUCUGACCACCUCUGAUGAACUUCCUGCCCGUACUGUCAGUCCAGAACCAGACUCAGCUGUGGUUUCUACACCACCGUGUCCUCUGACCACCUCUGGUGAACUUCCUGCCUACACUGCUAGUCCAGAACCAGACUCGGCUGUGGUUUCUAAUCCACCACGUCCUCUGACCACCUCUGAUGAACCUCCUGCCCACACUGCCAGUCCAGAACCAGACUCGGCUGUGGUUUUUAAUCCACCAUGUCCUCUGACCACCACUGAUGAACCCUCUGCCCACACUACCAGUCCAGAACCAGACUCGGCUGUGGUUUCUAAUUCACCACGUCCUCUGACCACCUCUGAUGAACCUCCUGCCCACACUGCCAGUCCAGAACCAAACUCGGCUGUGGUUUUUAGUCCACCAUGUCCUCUGACCACCACUGAUGAACCCUCUGCCCACACUGCCAGUCCAGAACCAGACUCGCCUGUGGUUUCUACUCCACCGUGUCCUCUGACCACCACUGAUGAACCUCCUGCAAUCUCAUCAGUGCAGGACGAGUUGACCAUCAUGGGGCAGCCAGUGAAGGUCGAUGAAUCCUUCAACACCACGACAGUAGUCAGCAAGACAAAGAAAAGUCGAUUUUUGAAUUGGAUUAAAAAAUACAUCUGCUGCUGUUUCGUGGAUGGAGACGACACAGAGACAGGGCGAAACUCCUCUCUGUGAAAAUUUUGUGUAGUGUGUAGUGUGUAGUGUAGUGCUCGUUGUAUUUGUUCAAUUCACUUGAUGUAAAUAAAAAUAA